CGGAGGGAGGGAGCCGGGUUGCCGCUGAGUGCCGCCAUAUUAGCGACCGCGGAGGCCGGGGGAUUCCCGUGAGCUGCGGCGGCGGGGCCUGGCGCAGCGGAGGGGCCUCGAGCGGGCGCGGCGUGUUCCUGGGCCCGGCGGGAACCGACGGGAACCGGCCGGCGACGGGAGCGAGGCAGGCUGCCCUCAGCUGCGGGCCCCGCCCCGCCGCCUGCCCGCCCGCCCGCCCAACAUGGAUCAGGACUAUGAACGCAGGCUCCUGCGGCAGAUCAUCAUCCAGAAUGAGAACACAGUGCCAUGUGUCUCGGAGAUGCGGAGGACCCUGACACCAGCCAACUCCCCAGUGUCCUCGCCCAGCAAGCAUGGUGACCGCUUCAUCCCCUCGCGGGCCGGGGCCAACUGGAGUGUGAACUUCCACAGGAUCAAUGAAAACGAGAAGUCCCCAAGCCAGAACCGGAAGGCCAAGGAUGCCACCUCGGACAACGGCAAAGAUGGCCUGGCCUACUCCGCACUACUAAAGAACGAGCUGCUGGGCGCGGGCAUUGAGAAGGUGCAGGACCCGCAGACGGAGGAUCGGAGGCUGCAGCCAUCUACACCCGAGCACAAGGGUCUCUUCACGUAUUCCCUCAGCAGCAAGCGCUCGAGUCCUGACGAUGGCAAUGACGUGUCUCCAUACUCCUUGUCCCCUGUUAGUAACAAGAGUCAGAAGCUGCUGCGGUCACCACGGAAGCCCACGCGCAAGAUCUCCAAGAUUCCUUUCAAGGUGCUGGAUGCGCCCGAGCUUCAGGACGACUUCUACCUCAACCUGGUGGACUGGUCCUCCCUCAAUGUGCUCAGCGUGGGGUUGGGCACCUGCGUGUACCUGUGGAGUGCGUGCACUAGCCAGGUGACCCGGCUCUGUGACCUCUCUGUGGAAGGGGACUCGGUGACUUCUGUGGGCUGGUCUGAGCGGGGAAACCUGGUUGCAGUGGGCACACACAAGGGCUUCGUGCAGAUCUGGGAUGCGGCCGCUGGGAAGAAGCUGUCGGUGCUGGAGGGCCACACUGCACGCGUUGGGGCGCUGGCCUGGAACGCAGACCAGCUGUCAUCGGGUAGCCGUGACCGCAUGAUCCUGCAGCGUGACAUCCGCACACCACCCCUGCAGUCAGAGCGGCGGCUGCAGGGCCACCGGCAGGAGGUGUGUGGCCUCAAGUGGUCCACAGAUCACCAGCUGCUUGCCUCAGGGGGCAAUGACAACAAGCUGCUCGUGUGGAACCACUCAACUGUGAGCCCUGUGCAGCAGUACACGGAGCACCUGGCAGCCGUGAAGGCCAUUGCUUGGUCCCCACACCAGCACGGACUGCUGGCAUCUGGGGGUGGCACAGCUGACCGCUGCAUCCGCUUCUGGAACACGCUGACAGGCCAGCCCCUGCAGUGCAUUGACACUGGCUCACAAGUGUGCAACCUGGCCUGGUCCAAACAUGCCAACGAGCUGGUGAGCACACAUGGCUACUCACAGAACCAGAUCCUCGUGUGGAAGUACCCGUCCCUUACACAGGUGGCCAAGCUCACUGGCCACUCUUACCGUGUCCUCUACUUGGCCAUGUCCCCUGACGGGGAGGCCAUUGUCACUGGGGCCGGAGACGAGACACUGCGGUUCUGGAACGUUUUCAGCAAAACACGCUCUACAAAGGAAUCCGUGUCUGUGCUCAACCUCUUCACCCGGAUCCGAUAGACCCGGGUGCAGCCCCUUGGGGCAGAGAUAGAGCAGCCAGCAUGCAUGGGCCUGCUGUCCCUGCAGUCCCCAGGAGGCAUCUGACGGGCGGGAGCCGGGCCGGAGACCCCAGAGUCUCAUUAAAUGCCUCGUUGUGAGCUGUGGAGCCAGUGUCUGGGACAGGGACCCUCAUCCACCGGCUGCAUCCCCUUCCUGCUGGCUGUCAGCGCUCUCAGAUGGACACUUUUGACCUCCCUGUCACCACUGCCUGAGCCAUAUUGGACACAGCUGAGCAGGAGGCCCGGGACCCCAUCAGAGCCCCAAACCCAGUGUCACUUGGGCCUGUGGACCAGAGCCGAUAUGCCCCUCUGCAGCCACCCCAGCCAGAACAUCCUGGGAGGUGCUGGCGGGGCCUGCGCCUCUCGCCCUGACUCCCUGACCGUGCUGCCACUCUGUACUCUGUGUGUCACCCAUGUGUGUCACCUCGCCCCUCCCCAGCCAGCUGCCUUGUCUGCCAUGUCCACUUCCUCUUGGCCUUCUGGAAGCUUCUCAGGCCUCCCUGACCUCAGACCCCCCAUCUUUGCUGCUCCUCCCCAGUGUGGUGGCCGUGGCCAUGGUGUGUGCACGUGUGUAUAUAUGUAUUUGUGACGCC